AUGCAUAUAAAAAUCAAUCGCUAUGGCCAAUGCUUUAGAAACUGGCAUAAACGAAGUAGCGUUCGCAUUCAAUCAGAGCUGAAUCAGGUCAAAUCUCGAAGAUGGAAUAGCUCAUACAAUACGCAACCCUCGGAAAGCGAACAGAUUAUAUUUUCCGGCAUCCAGCCCACGGGUGUUCCACAUUUGGGAAAUUAUUUGGGAGCUCUGCGCGAAUGGGUUCGACUGCAGAAUGAUGCAGCUGAGGGGACCAGGCUAUUCUUCUCCAUUGUCGACCUACAUGCGUUAACGGUACCUCAAGAACCUUCGCAAUUGAGGAAAUGGAGGAGAGAGGCAUUUGCGACGCUCAUUGCGUUAGGUUUAGAUCCAAGUCGAUCAACUAUAUUCCAUCAAUCUACAGUUCCAGCGCACACUGAAUUAUUUUGGAUAUUGAGUACAGUAGCUUCAAUGGGGUAUCUAUCGCGAAUGACUCAGUGGAAGAGCAAACUGCAAUUGCCUGAAGACACGAGCCUGGAGCAUUCGGAAGCACGAUCAAAGUUGCGACUUGGUCUUUUCUCAUACCCUGUUCUUCAAGCAGCAGACAUACUUGUUCACAGAGCCACUCACGUUCCUGUUGGGGAAGAUCAAAGACAACAUCUUGAGUUUUCUAGGUACACUGCGAAUAGCUUCAAUCAUCUUUACGGAACCAUCUUUCCGUCUCCCGAGGCACUUAUAUCGCCUGCAAAGCGAGUCAUGUCUCUUAAGGAACCGACAUUGAAAAUGUCUAAGUCUCAUGCAGAUGAGCGGUCAAGAAUCAUUCUCACGGAUUCCCCUGAAAUCAUUCACAAGAAAAUCAAGGUUGCUCUCACGGAUUCGGAAUCAAAAAUUACAUACGACCCAAUCCGCCGCCCAGGUGUGUCUAACUUGAUUGAAAUACUUAGUCAUUUUGAACGAAGGUCCUGCAAUGAAGUGGUCAAUGAGCAUCACUCGGAAAGCCUUCGGGCUUUAAAAGAACAUGUUUCGACCACCAUUUCCAGCCAUCUAAAACCAAUCAGAGAAAAGUAUUUCUCAUUGAUAGGUGAUAGGAAUGCGGACUAUCUUGAUGCUAUUGCGGAUCAAGGCGCCCAGGCUGCUCGUGCCAAUGCUGAGCUGACCAUGCGUCGAGUCAGGGAAGCGUUGGGUCUGUGA